AUGGCUGCCGCGGCGGCUUCAGGGGACUCCGGCGAGCAGCUGCUGCUCCACCUCAAGCUCGCCUUCCUCGCCCUGGAGCCCCCCGCCUGCGUCCUCACCCUCGCCAGAAAGGCUGGUGGAGGUUCUGUCACGCCACAUGUUCAAAAUUUUAUUUUGGAGAAUUGUGUUGGCACUAAUGUAGGGGGGCCAGAUUGUACAUAUGUGAAAACUAUUCUUAAAAAGGUUAUAGCAGAGGCGGAAUUAUCAUCAGAUAUUGUGAUUGAUGAACUCUAUGAGGAAUUUGGCCGUUGUAUGUCGUCAAGGGAAAAUAACUCAGAGCUUAGCCUGGCCAAGAUCUACAAGGAGAUAUCUUUUCUUUCUCCUGCAUAUGACAAUGUAUCCUCGAAUCCAGUAAGUUUGGUUGCUCGAUUAUUAUGUUCUACUAACAUGCUCGAAGGGGAUACAGGGUGCUGUCUUUGGCCAUCAAGUUUAUUCUUAUCUGAGUUUAUUCUUUCAUUCCCAGAACUUUUUGCCAAAAAAUGCUGCUUUGAGCUAGGUUCUGGUGUUGGUUUGGUUGGUGUAUGUCUAAACCAUGUUGGUGCUUCCAAGGUUAUUCUUACUGAUGGUGAUGCAUCUACACUAACAAACAUGAAGGCAAACAUGGAAAUGAAUAACUUAUACAUUGAGGAUUCUCAACUAGUAAAAGAAAGCAAGAAUAAGGUAGAGUGCAAAUAUCUUUCCUGGGAAGAAGCGUGUGAAAGCGAUUUAAGAGACUACCAGAGAGACAUACUUCUUGGUGCAGACAUUAUAUACAACCCGUCCUGCGUGCCCCACCUGGUACGAGUGCUUUGUAUGCUACUUAGAGGUGAUGAUGGACGGCGUGAAAGUGUCAAUGCGGCAACCAACGGAGAAAUUGGUGACGAAGUAUCUGGGACCACCGCAACCGGAGGUCCUGUGGCCUAUAUCGCCACGGUUAUUCGGAAUGCAGACACUUUUAAUUGCUUUGCCAAGGCGGCUGCUGAUGCCAAGUUGUCUGUUGUCAACAUUACCAGCAGUGCGGCUACGUCCAGUUUUCUUCCUUACAUGAUCUCAUAUGAUAGAUCUAGCGUGCAACUUCUUAAGAUUACACUGCUAUCUUAA